AUGCCUACCCCAUUAAUCAUCGUUUCUGUUCCAGACCCAAGUCAAAUAUCCGAACUUUUGGCGAAAACGAUAUCAGACGCACAUGCCCGCACAUGUCUUUUCACGCUGGAUCACAUUCACGAGAUGUUCCGCAAGCCGAACGACCUCUCGCGACUGCUUUAUUAUAAGAACAUGGCCCACGAGGAACUUUGGCUCGAAUGCGCGCAAAAAUUAACCACCGUCAUACAACAAAUAAUCGAAUUCGCCAAAAUGGUACCCGGUUUUAUGAAGCUCUCGCAAGACGACCAAAUCGUUUUACUAAAAGCAGGUAAGAAAGUAUUAUAA